GACUGGGUCGCGGGUGCAGAUCUCGCGAGGGUGGCCGUCUUGAGGGCCGGAAUGGCGGCGACGGUAGUGGUGGGGGGCCCGGGAGAUUGAGGCGGCAGUGGUGGUUGAAGAUGAGUCACCCCGAUGGCGAUGGGCAGCCUGAGGGCGAGCCCGACGCCAAGCUGCUCCACACCAAGCGGCUGUACCGGGCUGUGGUGGAUGCAGUUCAUCGAUUGGACGUGAUUGUUAGCAACAAGAUGGCGUACCGAGAGGUAUUCAAACCUGAAAACAUCAGUUUGAGGAACAGGUUGAGGGAGCUCUGCGUGAAGCUCAUGUUUCUGCACCCGGCAGAGUACGGCCGCAAGGCAGAGGAGCUGCUGUGGAGGAAGGUUUACUACGAGGUCAUCCAGCUUGUCAAAACCAAUAAGAAGCAUAUCCACAGUCGGAGUGCCCUGGAGUGUGCCUACCGUACCCACCUGAUUGCGGGCAUUGGCUUCUACCAGCAUCUCCUCCUGUACGUCCAAUCCCACUACCAAUUGGAACUGCACAGCUCCAUUGACUGGACCCAUGUCACCGACCCCCUGAUAGGUCGUAGGAAGCUGGUUACUGCCUCUGGCAAGGAAAUGGAAUGGGCUCAAAUGGCUUGUCACAGAUGCCUAAUGUACCUGGGAGACCUUGCACGGUACCAGAAUGAGCUGGCGGGCGUAGAUACUGAGCAGCUGGCCGAGCGGUUUUACUACCAGUCGCUCUCGGUGGCACCUCAUGUGGGCAUGCCCUUUAACCAGCUUGGGACACUGGCUGGCAGUAAAUAUUACAACGUGGAGGCCACUUACUACUACCUCAGAUGCAUCCACUCCGAAAUGCCUUUCGAAGGAGCCUAUGGGAACCUGAACCGGCUCUUUGAGAAAGCUGCCAAGGCCUACCACCAGAUCCGCAGGACAGACACGAAGAAGCUGUCAGUGAGUAGGCAAAGGACGAGAGACAUCAAGCGUUUGUUGGUGAGCUUCAUGUACCUUCAGAGUUUACUUCAACCCAAGAACAGUAACACUGCAGAUGUGGAGGUGACCUCCAUCUGCCAGUCGGUCCUGGAGGAUUUCAACCUGUGCCUGUUCUACCUGCCCUCCAACCUCAAUCACAGCGGCUCGAGCGAGGAGGAGGAAGAGUAUGACCGGGGUUGCAGCUUCCUGCCCGACCUCCUCAUCUUCCGGAUGACGCUCAUCUGCUUAAUGAGCGUGCACAGUCUCAAAAAGACCGGCCUGAAGCAGUACAGUGCAGCCAUCGCCUUCACUCUAGCCCUCUUCUCCCACCUGGUGAACCACGUCAACAUCCGGCUGCAGGCGGAGUUGGAAGACGGUGACAAUGCCGUUCCUUCCUUGCAUCCUGAGCACAUAGACGAAACGGAGGUGAAGGAGGUGCCGUUGAGGGGCCCGGAGCCCAAGGCCCUGAACGGGCCGGUGGAGCCUGAUGGCAAGCCCAAGGGCCGGAAGUAUUCACGGAUGUGGCAGCUGCGACGGCGGCGGCUGCGGCAGAAGGCCGACGAGAGUGACCUGAGUGAGGGCUUUGACUCGGACCCCAGUGAGGAUUCAGUCAAGGAGAGCGAGCAUUCCGACUCUGCCUCCGACAAGACGGAUGAAGAGGAGGAGGAGGAGGAGGAUGAGGAGGCCGAGGCUGCCUUCGAUCUGGAGUCUGACUCUGACAUGAAUAGUCAGGAGUCCCGCUCCGAUCUGGAGGACAUCGAGGAAGGGCCCCGGGGUCCCGGCAAGGGAGGCGAAACUGGCCCCCUCCCUGCUCGUUCCCCUGAUGUCUCCGAGCCGCCGGCCAAUGGGCCUGGCACUGCCAACGACGCCACCAUCGCCAGCAACCUCCAGGCCCUGUCCUCUCAGAUGUUCCAGCCCAAGAGGUGCUUCCGCCUGGCCCCCACCUUCACCAAUGUGAUGGUUAGGGCUCCAGCGGAGAACCAGGCCCCUGCCACACAGCAGGACAAACCCUGUACCAACGGCGUCCUUCAGAGCCCCGGGGUCACUGAACACGACACAGGCUCGGACUCGGAGGCCAGUGAUGCCAGCAACAAGUCACUUCGGAGGGAGAAGACGCCCCUGGAGAAGUUGGAGAUCCUAUCCCACGAGGGCCUGCUGACCACUGUCAAGAUCCUGUUGGAUUGGCUGCGCAACAACACCGACAUCAUCCUCAUGUGUGCACAGAGCUCUCAGAGUCUGUGGAAUCGCUUGUCCGUACUGUUGAACAUGUUGCCUGAAGGAAGGAAGAUGAGAGAGCCAGGUGUAUGCGUCAGUGAUGAGGUUGCCCAGCUGCUGAGCCACUGCGAGGAGCCAGAUCUGGCCCAGGUUGUGCUGCUUCCCGAAGACAUGGCACUCCGCUACCUUCCCGUUCUCCGGACUGUGCAUCGGAAGCUCGGGCCAGAGCAAAUAAGCCUGGCCACAGGCACACUGGAAGAGUCUGUGGUCCGUGUCUGCUGCAUCCGAAGCUUUGGCCACUUCCUCACACGCCUCCAGAAGAACGUUCUGCAGUAUAACCGGGAACUGGGGAUCUUCAUCAGCAUCAGUCAGUGUGAGGAGGAGACGCUGCUGGAGCAGACGCAAGCCCAGUUUCGAAUGGCCGAGGAAGAGGCUCGUAGGAAUCGUCUGAUGAGGGACAUGGCUCAACUCCGUCUCCAGCUGGAGGUGUCUCAGUUGGAGGGAAGCCUGCAGCAACCGAAGGGCCAGUCCACGAUGUCUCCAUACCUGAUCCCCAACACACAGGCCAUCUGCCAACAGCUGACCAACAUCAGGCAGCUGGCAAACAGCAGCCGGUUCAUCAUCAUCAUUCCCCGCACAGUGAUCGAUGGAUUGGAUUUCCUGAAGAAAGAAAAUUCAGGAGCGCGCGAUGCCAUCCGAUUCCUGGAAUCUGAGUUCAAGAAGGGAAACCGUUACAUCCGUUGCCAACGGGAGAGUGGCAAGACCGUGGACAGGCACAAGCUGAAGAGGCAGGAUCUGGAUGCCUGGCACCUGUAUAAAAUCCUGGACAGCUGCAAACAGUUGACGGUGUCUCAGGGCAGUGGUGAGGAAGAGGUGGCAGGAAUGGUCACCAUCCUGACGGAAUUCUCUCCGGAUGAUCCCGGAUCACUCUCCAGCAAUGUGCAGGCUGCCCUGCAAGCUGCACACAAUUCCGGAGUGGAUGUCAGGAACGUCCUGGACUUCUACAGGCAGUGGAAGGAGAUGGGUUGAAGUAGAGACGGCAAACUUCGGGACUCACGACCUCGGGAGAGCGUCUUCAGACAAAAUCUAAAACCACGCAUACACAGCAAAGGUGCCUGAGGGAAGCUCGCUGGAACUGCUGUGGCGUUCACCGUCACCCGCUGCCCGAUCUACGCGGCACGAAAAUCGAGCGGAGACCGUGCACCCGUGAGGGGAAACAAACUUUAAAACAAAAAGAAAUCCAUGAUGCGAAGGGUGGAGUAGUAAAGGCUGGAAACCUCUGCCCCCUCGUUUUAAACACAGAGCCCUGCAGAGAAACAGUGGAGGGAGAAUGGGGCCCCUCUGCCCUGCUGACAUGGUACUGCCAUCUCCCAUCCUGGGCUCUGGAAGCAAUUUCUCCAGCAUCCCAGCCUGCCUGCCCAUAAGGGUACUGGGCUCGGUAGACUGAGCCCCUUUUGUUUCCGGUGCUCUUCCCCAACCCCACCCCGCUCACCACUCCCUCCUCACCCGGGGUCUCUCUCCACGCCCUGGUCUCAUCCCACAUCCCAACCAUUUGCGGUCAGUGUGUUCAUUGAUCACUGCACUGCUGUAGGUUGUCCCUCAUGUUUGAGUUGCCUUGUUGGCUGGACCCCUUCCCCUCCUCCUGAAACCCCUCUUGCAAUGCUGCUCACUAAGGGUCAAGUGCAGCCACUUCCUGGGGGAGUUCAGGUGUGGGAAGGUGAUGGUGGAGAGUGCAGGGCUGAGUGUAAGGGUAAGGGGAGCGUUUUAGAGGGAAGAGAAAUGUGAUUGAGGUGGGGGUCCUUUCACCUUUCUGUUGCCUCUGCCUUUGACAGUAUUUCCCCCUCCCAUCCUGAGGAACAACCCAGCUCUAGUACCACUCUUGGCCCAAAAACUUCCUUGAAGCUUCCUGCAGCCUAGAUCCCUGUGAAAAUUCCUCUAGAACUCGUCCCUGCCACCUCCUCCCAGACAGAGAUGUGGAGGUAUCUCAGCUUCUGGCUGAAAGAGGAGGAGGCAGGGAUGAGUUCGUUGUUUAGUGAAGGGAGUCUCAUUUGAUUGGCGUUGCUGUGAUCUGGGCCCGAAGCCAAUUGUUCUGCACUUUUAAGAUUCAGGUUCUCCGAAGCAAACUCAACCUGGAAAAUGGGCCACCAUUUGCUGAUGGGAGAUGCACCUCACCCUGUACUCAGGAGUGUUUCACACUCUCUGUCAGAGAAUACUCCACUGGGGCAGAGGUGACUGACAGUAGCUCGCCAGAGUCCUCUGUCUUGGGCCAGUCUUUCAAAUUGUCCCCAGCUGUAGCUCAUCAUCUUGGUUAAGAUCCUUCCUCUCCCAGGGUUGAGGUCUUUGGAGCUUCUGUUGGCAUUUCUGUGGCUCUGGGUUUUUUUAUGGGAUGGGGUUGCCAGCCCCAUGCAUAACCUUCCUCUUUCACAGCUUGGGGCUGGUCCAGAGAGUGGGGCUAAUAGAAACCUAGGAACUAGGCUCUGUAAAUCUCAGGCUGAGUGAGGAGAGUUUUUAGAUGGGGCAGGGGGAGAGGAAAAGGGUAGAUUGCUGGGAAGAGGGGGCCUCUGGUAUUACUCCUACCUGGUUUGUGUUUCUUUGUGCUCUGUUGCUUGGUGUUGCCUGCUGUUGUGAUGUGGAGUGUGGCUGAUGUUUGGGAGCUUACUGUGAGAGUUUGGUGUCAGGGCGCUGGCAGCUUGAAGUGGUGCUAGGCUGAGGGUGGGCACUGGUUCAGGAGGUACCCACGCCCCAAGCUGCGCUGCUUUCACUGUCUUAUGAAGCGUCAUUUCUCUUGUGAAAACAAAAGAUGAUCCAAAAAGUGUUUCUCAAGCGUAAGUUUAAAAAGAAAUUAAAAGAAAUCUUUCAAUUCCAGUUUUUAAAAAAAAAGGCAAUAAAGUCUUGGAAUUAUUGUGGGAAAGGAACAUGUGACUCCUGUGUGGUUUGUGAGGAUGUGUACAUUCUGUUGCCCUAUUAUAGGUUUCCCCAAUGUCUUGUAAACCGUUGGUUUUGCAUCCUGGCUUUUGUUCUAGUCCUCAACAUCAAUGCUAACAUUUGCCUUCCUGACCACAACUCAACCUUCAGAGCUUCCUGCAUGAGGACUCACAAGACUCCUUGCACCUCUGAUUUCUGAAUUUGCUCACUGUCUUUAUUUCUUCUACCGAUGUCUGUGACCAUACACUUGCUGACACUGUAUUCCAUCUGCUGCUGCUUUGCCCAUUCUCCUCAUCUGUCCAAGUCCUGCAGACUCCCUGCUUCCUUAAGACUAUCUGCCUCUCCACCUGCUUUUAGAUCAUCUGCAAACUCCAUGCUCUAUCUCUGAAUAAAACAAAAAUUAAAAAUAAUGUGAUUCAGGAGCUAGGGUCCUAAAACUUGAGUGUGGGACACUGCUGAGUGCAAAAUGUUUGCUAGAUCUACCUUUGCAACAGUGUGAUUUCUCUGGAGCAGUUGUUAGUGCUGACAAUGCUCACUUCUCCAUUAAAUGUGUUAGUCUAUUUGACUGAUGAAUGAAAUUAUGUUAAUCUGCCUUGGCCCUUCAUAUUUAUCAAGUCUUAAUUGAGCAGCAACAAAGCAAUGAUAGUUCCUGAUAAUGAAAUGAGGGACCAGG